AUGUCUAACCCCAUUGAAAGAGAGGCUGAAGACAGCUACGAAAGAGAUAACGAUGCGUCACCAGUGACCGAAUCGUCUACAGACGCUUCAUACGCAACUGAAUCAAACUUGCAGGAGCCAGUGCCUGUUCAAAGUGAUGAUCAGCCGGUCGAAGACCCUGUCCAGCCUUACUACGCCAAUUCUGAUCAACAACUAGAGCAAGACGAAAAGGAAGCGCAAGACAAGUCCAACAUCUUGCGUGGAGACCGACUGCGACACACGAAGCCAGUCACUUCAAAUCGGUAUAACGAAGGACCGGAUGAAAGUGAUCUUCCAUCAACGGAGUAA